AUGAGCAGCGGGAAAAAGUCUGUGGAAGGCGCUUACAUGGACGAUUCUACAACAUUCGAAUCGUUUCAUCUUGAUUCUCGUUUAUUACAAGCUAUUAAGAACAUAGGAUUUCAGAACCCAACAUUAAUUCAAUCACAUUCUAUUCCUCUGGCUUUGCAGCAGAAGAGAGAUAUUAUAGCAAAGGCUGCCACAGGUUCUGGGAAGACAUUGGCUUACUUAAUUCCUGUAAUUGAAACUAUUCUACAAUAUAAAAAAACAAUUAAAAAUGAGGAAGAAAAUGGUACAUUAGGUAUUAUACUUGUUCCAACAAGAGAAUUGGCUCAGCAAGUUUAUAGUGUUUUGGAAAAACUAGUCCUAUAUUGUUCAAAAGAUAUAAGAACUCUCAACAUAUCAUCCGAUAUGUCUGGCUCAGUUUUGAAUACCCUACUUAUGGAUCAACCUGAAAUCAUAGUUGGUACACCGGGCAAACUAUUAGACCUCUUGCAAACAAGUAUCAACUCUAUUUCCUUGAGUGAUUUGAAAUUUUUGGUAGUCGAUGAAGUGGAUUUAGUGUUAACAUUUGGCUACCAAGAUGAUUUAAACAAAAUUGGUGAGUACUUACCAUUAAAAAAAAAUCUACAAACUUUUUUAAUGAGUGCAACCUUGAACGAUGAUAUACAGGCUCUGAAGCAAAAAUUUUGUCGUUCUCCAGCUAUUCUAAAGUUUAACGACGAAGAAAUAAAUAAAAACCAAAACAAACUACUUCAGUAUUAUGUGAGAGUUAACGAAUUUGACAAAUUCUUAUUAUGCUAUGUCAUAUUCAAACUUGACUUAAUCAAGGGUAAAACACUGAUUUUUGUUAAUAACAUUGACAGAGGAUAUAGGCUCAAGCUAGUCAUGGAGCAAUUUGGUAUCAGGUCCUGCAUAUUGAAUAGUGAGCUGCCCGUUAAUUCAAGGCAACACAUUGUUGACCAGUUUAAUAAAAACGUCUACCAAUUAUUAAUUGCAACAGACGACACUGAAUACAUAAAAGAGGAAGAUGAGGACGUAGAAGAAGGACAUAAUAGCGGUAAUGAAGAAGAAGAAAACUCCAAAACAGAGCCUGAAAAUGAAAAGAAAACAAGCAAGAAAAAGAAAGUUCAAUUGAAAAAAGAUAAGGAGUAUGGUGUUUCCCGUGGUGUUGAUUUCAAAAAUGUUGCAUGUGUCCUGAAUUUCGAUUUACCCACAACAGCUAAGUCUUAUGUGCAUAGAGUUGGUAGAACUGCUCGUGGCGGUAAAACUGGUACAGCUAUUUCAUUUGUGGUCCCAUUGAAAGAAUUUGGUAAGCAUAAGCCAUCAAUGCUACAAUCCGCAAAGAAGGAUGAAAAGAUUCUUUCCCGAAUUAUCAAACAACAAAGCAAACUAGGAUUGGAAUUACAGCCUUAUAAAUUCGAUCAGAAGCAAGUUGAGGCGUUUCGUUAUAGAAUGGAAGAUGGUUUUCGCGCUGUAACUCAAGUUGCCAUUAGAGAAGCUAGAGUAAAAGAAUUGAAACAAGAGCUAUUGGCGAGUGAAAAGUUAAAAAGACAUUUCGAAGAAAAUCCAAAAGAGUUGCAAAGUUUAAGGCAUGAUAAGGAAUUACAUCCAGCAAGAGUGCAACAGCAUUUAAAGCGUGUUCCAGAUUACUUACUCCCUGAAUCAGUUAGAGGAAAUGGAACCAAAGUUAAGUUUAUUCCAUUCCACAAUCCCAAAAAGCGCCAUCCACAUAGAAAGGGCAAAGUCAAUAAACCAAAAAAUGGCAAAGUGGAUCCGUUGAAGAACUUCAAGUAA